AUGCUGAAUCGACAGUUCUUAGUCGUCGUAGCCAGAAGGCUGGCUAGCUCGGCGCCAGCUCCAGUUGUUGAAGACUCAAGUGGCGUAAACCAAAGGCCAGAUGUUGAAGAAAGUGUUUCAUUACUCGAUAGUAAAUUAAAUAGUCCUAGCAAAACAGUGCAGGGGAAUCCGGAUCUCAGGGAAACUCUGAAGAUGCUGAACGGAGGUAAUGGUAGUAAAAAGAGACGUAGCCAGAGUGAAACUUCGGAAGCUGAAUACGUACCUUUAGCUUUUUCAGUUGGUUCACACAAGGGGGAUGCAGACUCACGAUCACUUUAUUCCAACUAA